UGUCACAUCCGGUCUGAACAGCCGGCAGGAUUGAAGGAAGAGUCUGGAGUAUUCCUCUAGUUGUGUCGUUUAUCUUUAAACACGCUUGACUUGAUUUGAUUUGAUCAAGUAUUAUAUGUAAAAUAUAUAUUUUUAUUUUAUUCGUACAGACACAAUGACUUUCGAUGUGCGGAGGUUCGAUAUCUACAGGAAAGUGCCCAAAGAUCUUACCCAGCCCACGUAUACUGGAGCUUUUAUUUCAGUAUGCUGCUGUGUCUUCAUGUUGUUCCUCUUUCUCUCAGAACUGACGGGAUUCAUCGCUACAGAAAUAGUAAAUGAACUGUAUGUGGAUGACCCCGAUAAGGACAGUGGGGGGAAGAUAGAUGUGAGUUUAAACAUCAGUUUGCCAAACUUACACUGUGAUUUGGUGGGUUUGGACAUCCAGGAUGAGAUGGGGCGGCAUGAAGUGGGCCACAUAGACAAUUCAAUGAAAGUGCCUCUAAACAACGGUCACGGGUGCCGCUUUGAAGGGGAGUUCAGUAUUAAUAAAGUUCCAGGAAACUUUCAUGUGUCAACACACAGUGCGACUGCUCAGCCGCAGAGCCCUGAUAUGACCCACAUCAUCCACAAACUUGCCUUUGGGGAGAAGCUUCAGGUGCAGCAUGUCCAGGGGGCUUUUAAUGCAUUAGGUGGAGCCAACAGACUUCAGUCCAAUGCUUUAGCAUCUCACGACUACAUUCUCAAGAUCGUCCCUACCGUUUAUGAGGACCUGGGAGGGAAGCAGAGAUUUUCCUACCAGUACACUGUGGCAAACAAGGAGUAUGUGGCGUACAGCCAUACAGGACGCAUCAUCCCGGCGAUAUGGUUUCGCUAUGACCUGAGUCCAAUCACAGUGAGAUACACCGAGAGGAGACAGCCCUUCUACCGCUUCAUCACUACUAUUUGCGCUAUCAUCGGCGGGACGUUCACAGUGGCCGGCAUCAUUGACUCCUGCAUAUUCACGGCCUCUGAAGCCUGGAAGAAAAUCCAGAUUGGGAAAAUGUCAUGAGUACUCAUAUCUACAUACCAUGUCUUUUAUUUAUGCCAGCCAAACCUCUGCACACCCGUCAUUACAACCUGACCUACACUAGCCACAACUGGAAAACAUUGUCACGCCUUUUCACGCGGUUUUCAUCUCUAAACAUUUAAUACAAUGAGUUACAGGGAUUUCAUUUGGAGGAUGUAGGUGGUUUCCUUACUUCACUGCCAUA